CGCCAGUUGACUUCAGUUUGCGCUCGGCGCUCAUCGCGAGUAGUUCUGUCGUGCGUUCUCCAAAUAUACACUGUGAUAAAAACUAUUAUAUUUAAAAGACUGAUCGUUAAAUAGUAAUGAACUAUUAGUGUUUGUGUGCGGUUUUGUUUAUAUUGUGACAAAAUGUGGGGAGAAAGCAGUAAAAACUGUGAAAUUAACUGCCAGUGUUCUGGUUUAAUCACCGAAAACUUCAAGAUCAACUCCGGCAACAAUGCUACGAAGAGAAAACAAGAAGACUCAUUAACAAACAACUUUAAAAUUAAAAUGAACCCACACACAUUGGACUUCUCAAAGUCACCAAUAUCUCCAAUCUACACACCGACCAAACGAAGAAUCCUCGGAGAGAUACAAAUCCCCAAAUCCCCACUUGACAGACUAAAAUCCCCACUAACGAACUCACCGAAACAUACACAACAGUUCAAGUCUCCGUUACAAGCGAUAAACUCACCGUUACUCAACAGAACUUCACCGUUCCUUAAUCAGCAUUCACCGAUAACAGUGAAGAGUUCUCCGUUGUCUACUAGGGUCAAACGGUCAAGGAUUACUAAAGUUAUGGAGGAAAGGAGUAAGUUUAGGAUGGCUAACAAAGAGAAUGAUCCUCCGUUGAUGAGUGAGACGUUUGUUAAGUUGGACGUUGAGGAGGAGACGAGGGAUUUCCUCUUCGGUAACAGAUUUGAGUCUACGAGGGAGAAGGUCACUAAUUGGUCUAGUACUAAGCUGGACUUCAGCCACACAAUCCAGAAAUCACCAAAACAGGACAGCUACGUGCCUGAAAAGGAAAUCACACAAGACCUAGACGAGAUAGACACCCUACAUGACCUAGAGCAAGAAUUUGAAGCGGACAACUUCGAUGAAUGCACCAAAUAUGAAAUUAUUUCCACGGACAGCCCAGACAUCAUAUCUAGAGGCCGGACAACGUCCUCAAGAAAGGUCUGCUCAAGGAACUUUGUCUUCGGAGCACCCUUGGCUGAUGAAGAAGCCUCCACCAGCUUCAACAAGCCCACCGUCUCCGCUACAAGAAUGCUGAACUUUGACGAUGAAGAAUUUGACUUCCCUUCCCCGGUAGUCAAAAGACAAGCUGCCAAAAAAUCUUUAAAAUUCACCGAAACACCUACAAAAUUGACACAUGAGAAAAGUGACUCAAGUAUUGGUUCUAUGUCUUUAAGCCAAUCUCCGGUCACUAAGAUGUAUACAACGGAAUCUACAACUUCAAUGGAAAGCGGUUUCAUAUCUGAAUUGGAAGAACCGUUCUUAGAAAUUGAUGAGUCAAAUUCUCCAAAAGUUGAAAAUUUCAACGAUCUGAUCUCCGGUCAGAUAAAGUCAAAUGUUGCUAACGUUACUCAAGAAAAAACGUUUCUACGGAGACCUUUGAACAGGAGUUUGAGCUACAACCCUGAGAGUAGAGCAAGAGUAUCUCUAUUCUCUAUUCUGGAGAAUCCUAAUAUACAGAGAAAUAAGAAGAGAGUAGAACGGAGUGAGAAUGAAGUCGCUAACAAGAGAAGACGGUCAAACUGCCACAGUCCUAUACCGGAGUUGAGUGAACGGCCUCAGAGACCGGUGCUGCAGCGAGCUUAUUCAGAGAAUAAUGCUCUUAUCAUGUCUGCGAUGGCUCGAUCAAUCGUAGAUCCGGACUUAAUAGGCGACUUCUCGGUGCCCUACGCCCUCCCUCUCACUGAGGGAGAUCACUCCGACCUGAAGAGUAUUUCCUGCGACACCCUCGCCGGGCUACUGAGGGGAGAGUUUGAUAAUGUCAUUAGUGAUUAUCAGAUAAUCGACUGCCGCUACCCGUACGAGUAUGAAGGCGGCCAUAUAAUGAACGCUAUAAACUACUACACUCCCUCUCACAUCAUGAAGUUGGUGGACCAGCCGGCGCCCGAGAGGAAGGCGGGCUCGAGGAGGAGUAUACUCGUGUUCCACUGCGAAUUCUCUAUUGAGAGGGGACCUAAGCUCUCAAGAUUUCUCCGCUCAUCAGACAGAGCAAAGAACAAGGAUCGCUACCCGUUCCUCAGCUAUCCUGAGAUAUACCUCCUCUACGGAGGAUACCAGGCCUUCCAUCGGUCACAACCUGACCUCUGCGCUCCAUUCGGAUACACGCCAAUGAGAGAUCCCAAGCAUGCUGCCUCAUUAAGGGAACAUAGGCAGCAUCGGUAAAUUAUUGUAGACUUUAGACUUGUAUAGGUCAUAUUUGGUCAAAUCACAUCCUUACUGCCGUUCUUAGGGACAAUUAAUGACUACUUAAGCCUUUAAAUUAUCAUAUAUAGUAGCUUAUAUUGGUCAUAUUUGGUCAAAUCGCACCCUUACUAACGUUUCAGAGACAUUUAAUGACUAUAAUGACAUUUAAGCAACUAUAAAAUAUUAAGUUGCUUAUAUACACCCGCCGCAGUUGUAUAUAAGCAACUAUAAAAUAUUAAGUUGCUUAUAUACACCCGCCGCAGUUGUAUAUAAGCAACUAUAAAAUAUUAAGUUGCUUAUAUACACCCGCCGCAGUUGUAUAUAAGCAACUAUAAAAUAUUAAGUAACGAUUUUGUUCCGAAAACAAUUGCUAAGGACUAGGUUAACACAUUAGUAGAGGAAUAGCCUUUAACAGUUUUUUGUUGGCAGUGAAAGGCUUAAGUAAUCAUUAAAUGUCUCUAAGUAGAGUUAGAAUAAAAGUGAGUGUGAGAGUCAUGUUUCGGCACUACUAGGCCAGCUCGACCGGAGUGAUACCACGGCCGAGCAGAAAACCGACGUGAAACAACGCUUGCGUUGUGUGAGUGAGGUUACCGGAGGCCCAAUGACCGAAAAUGACCUUAAAAAUGGCCUAUAUAAGGUUUAAAUUUGUCAAAAUUACUAUUUGAGACCUGUAAACAGAUGAAGCAAGUACAAAGAGGAGAUGCCAUAAUGUGAUUGUGCACUGUGACACAAACACGGCCCUGUCCAAUGAUAUUAUAAGUAAACAGGUGUAGAUAGGGUAUAAGCUCAGAAAGUGUCACAUUAAAAUGUGGACAAUUGGCGCAGUGUGUGUAGUAUGGGAGCUAGAUGGGACAUAGAGAGGGGCGCGGUUUGUAACGUCCCGCGCUCCCCGUAAAGUGUCACGCGUUAUGUUAAAGGGACAUCCAGUUAUGACAUCUCUUUGUAUUUGCUUCAUGUGUGAAUGAAUACAAAUUUUAGAGGAUCAAGACUUGAUAUUGAAAAGUGGGUGAUUGUAUAUAAGGUGUUCUAAAAGUAUCUGCCACGGCUUUAAUGGGAGGUAGUGUUGUGUUUGAAGAUUACAAUAGUGAAUAUAAAUUAUCGUACAAAAAUAUCUACGUAUGAAAGAGCUAUCUCUUUCACUGUCUCUGUCGCAUCGUGUGUAUUUGUGAACCACUUUAUACAGAGUAGAGUCAAUGUUUAUUUAACUUCUAUACAUUCUCAAAUUGAAUUAACUGGUCCGGGGCAAAUUUCUUCGCUAUUGUAAUCUUUGAACAAACACUACCUCCCAUUAAAGCCGUGGCAGAUAUAUUUAGAACAACUUAUAUGUGCACCUAUGUCUAUACCCUUUGGGACGGACUGUAAAAGACUAAUUCCUACUUCUGUCUACCAGAAGUGUAAGGCGCUGUAUAUAGCGUAAACUAAGAUAUAAACAGAUAAACUAUAUUAUGUUUGACAAAAGUCUCGAUUGAUAAAAAGAUUUUUGUUACUUGUAUAUAAUAUAUAGUAGCUACUGUGUUAGUAGAAAUAGUAUUCAGAGUCUAUAUUUGUAUAUAAAAAGGUUGACAAACGCACUUGUAGCGCCUUUAGUGUUACAAGGGUCUAUGGGCGUCGAUUGCUUACCAUCAGGGGGACUUAAUACGAGUUUACUUUACGUUUAAAGUAAGUAAGGUAAGCGUCCACAAACCCGCAUCGUACGCAUCGCACGCAUUCCGUAUGACGUCAUCGGUACGCAUCGCAUGUAGACAUUGCCGAUGAUGCGGUCCGUACGAUGCGGAUCAGUGGACGCAGUUGUAUGAGUUUCUAUACAAGGCAAACUAAAAUCCGUUGCGUACGAUGCGGGCCUGUGGACGCUUACCUUUUAUGCUACAGGUGAUCCGUCUGCUCGUUUGCCUCCCAAAAUUCUCUGAAGACUUCAUCUAAUGCAGUAGUUGCUUAUAUAUCUCUAUUAUAUAAGUCUUGUACAUAAACGAUGCCAUAUUAUGUUUUAAAAUAUAUAUAUACGUAUAAUUUGAGUCAACUAGUACAAAAUAUAUAUAUAACAGCGGGUUAUUAAAACCUUGUAUAAUCUAAUUAUUAUAUCUUGAAGCCUAUCAACCAAGUUAUUUAGUAUGUAUAUAAGAAAAUAAAAAUAUAUUCAGUACAGAGACAAUAGCUAUUGUUAUAUUGCGAACUGCUAGGGAGUGGAACUCUUUGCCGGAGUCUGUGUUUCCUGAUGGGUAUAACCUGGGUGUCUUCAAGGCCCGAGUGAAUAGGUUGCUUAUGGGCAGACGUGCUCCAUCGUAGGCCGCAUCAUCACUUACCAUCAGGCGAGAUAG